GCGCGGACUUCAGACGGGGACGCUGGAGAUCUGGAGAUCUGCUAACUGAGCUACGAACCUGCUUACAAACUCUGAUCCUCACGAUUUAUCACCAAACCAGCCUCGAGUCAGUUCGAUGCCCAUGAUGGUUGGCUCAUGGAUGAUGUCUGAUUAAUGUGGCAGAAGGGGAAAAUACCGGUCUUAAGAUGGAAGAUAUGGAGGUGGAUGUGCAGUUAGGAGCAGCAGGGGUAUCUGUUGGCUCUGUAGGGGUGGAGGUGCCCAUAAUCAUCCCUGACUCUGGGAGCAGCACAGAAGCGGAGGAGGACGAAGAUGGUGAGAGGCAGCCUGAAGGGGGAAGCACUGCCCCUGCUGACAGGCCACGACUCGCAGCGACUCAGGUUGUCAGGAGGAGACGGAGAGCUAGACCAGGCCUGCGGUUCCAGUACUCGACUCAGACUACACUUCUGAACAGAGGCCGUUUGGACUUCCUGCUCAGGGUGUCAGCAGGAAGUGACACAGAGCCCCUCUCGGGCAGCACAGAGGAGGUGAGUGACUCUGAAGAGGAGGGAAACAAUGGACAGAGCACAGAAAUCAGACCUGCAGAACCUGUCCCUGCGCCUAACACCAGCCAGCCAGACCCAGUGGUGGUCCCCCUGCUUCAGGAGUCCAGUGCAACAGAACCUGCUGUUUCUGCUCAAGUUGAGAGGAGCGAACCUCUAGUUCAGUCUGAAACCCAGACUGAGUCUGGGCCUGCGGAAGCUGCUGCUGCAACUGCUGCCUGCUCCGCUGCUGUGGAUGAGAAUGAGGAAGGAGAGGGUGAGACAUGUUCUAUAUGUUUUGAACCUUGGACCACUUCAGGGGAACAUCGUCUGGCCACACUGCGCUGCGGCCACUUGUUUGGCUUCACCUGUAUUGACCGGUGGCUGAAGGGCCAGGGAGCCAAAUGCCCGCAGUGCAAUAAGAAGGCCAAGCGGACUGAUAUAGUCUUGCUUUAUGCACGUAAAUUGAGGGCACUAGACAACACAGAACAGGAAAGUUUAAAAAGAUCAUUAGAACAGGAGCAGAGCUUGCGGAGGAAGGCAGAGCUGGAAUCUGCUCAGUGCCGUCUGCAGUUGCAGGUAGUAACAGAUGAGUGUGGGAAACUCCGGAAAGAAGUUCAGGAGUUGAGAAGGUUGAUGGCUCAGACUGCCUCCAGCUCCUCUCAGUCCCAAACCUCUACUUUGGCACUGACUCAGAGACAAGAGUCCUCUGCUGGACAGUAUGUCUUCUCGAAAGCAGUUCUUGUGUCUCAGGCGGGAGGCUGUCGUGUGCUGUCAUACUGUGAGCCCCUCAGCUGUCUGUUGGCCUCUCAGCCCUCCCCUCAUGCCACACUGGUCCCUGGCUAUGGGGUGAAAAAGAUCAGCGCUGCAAAUCUGAAAGCCAGUCAUUAUGUUCCUAUCCACAUUAAACAGAUCAGAGGCCUUGCCUUCAACAGACAGCAAGAUAGCCUACUGCUGUCUGCUGCUCUUGAUAACACUGUCAAACUCACCAGCUUAUGGACAAACACUGUGGUUCAGGCCUACAACACCGGUAAACCUGUCUGGAGCUGCUGCUGGUGCCACGACAACAACAAUUACAUCUAUGCUGGCCUGAGCAAUGGCUCAAUACUAGUGUACGACACCCGGGACACCAGCACUCAUGUGCAGGAGCUCGCCCCACUCCGCUCCAGUUGUCCAGUUGUGUCCCUGUCCUACCUCCCCCGCGCUGCCUCCAGUCUCUUCCCCUGUGGUGGCAUCAUUGCUGGCUCUCUUGAGGGGGCAUGUUUCUGGGAGCAUGUAGAUGGCACCACCUACAGACCUCAUGUUUUGCCUUUAGAGUCUGGUGGCUGCACAGAUAUACAAGUGGAACCAGAGAGCAGACACUGUCUGGUCACCUACAGACCUGGUCGUGCAAACCCAUCUCUCCGUUGUGUUUUGAUGGAGCUGAACCGAAGCCCUCAGACGGACUCCUCCCAGGCACCUGUCUGCUCCUGCUCUCCAGUCCAGACCUUCACUGCCGGCUCCUCUUGCAAGCUGCUCACAAAGAAUGCUGUGUUUAAAAGCCCAGCUGGUGAGGGUGCCACACUGGUGUGUGCAGGAGAUGAGGGAUCUAGUUCAACCAUGGUGUGGGAUGCUGGUAGUGGUGCCUUGCUUCAGAAGCUGCCUGCAGAUCUUCCAGUUUUGGACAUCUGCCGAUUUGAGAUGAACCAGGAACACUACCUGGCUUCUCUCACUGAAAAGAUGCUGAAAAUCUAUAAGUGGGAGGGAUCAGUGUAGCACUCAGUAGGUGUGUGCAUGUUACUAACAGGAGCUUUUUAGUAAAUAAUGGACCAUUUGAGGAUGUUUUUCUUCUGACUUGAUGUUUGAAGAAAGAGCUCUCCAGCACAUGGAAAGCAGACAGGCUUUCAGGCCUAAAAUCAACUGGCUUACGUACUUGUCUUUUCAUCCAGAUCAAGUGAAUGUCUUAAAGCUGUCAUUUUGGACUGUGAUAAAGGGAAUGUAAAGGCAUGGCAUGUGACUCUUUUGUGUUGUAUUAAGUUAAGUGUGCGGUCACUGAACUUCCCAGGUAUGGAUACAUUAACAUUUUUCCAUACUUGCCAGAUUUUUUUUUCUUUUCAUCUUUUAGCUUGCUUUUGUACUUAGGCAGUUGUUUUGUUGAUCUUCCGUCUGCACCUUUUGCCACACCAGCUCUGUCUCAACGCUAGCAAAGUUUGAGAACGCAAGGGAGUGACAUGCCUUCAUAUGUUCCCUGUGUAUUUGUGUGUAGUGGCAAAUGUAUAUAUGUAAAUGCAUUUUUAAAUGAAUGUUUUGUGUGGUUAUAACGUUUAAUAAAUACUCCUAACAUUUA